AUGAUCGAGUUGAUAGCUGCGCGAGGCAAUACUUCACUUGAAUCAGCGGUUUCUCUCACAAAGUCCCUCCGGUGGGAUAUCCAGGCCCUAGGCCAGCGACUAGCCAGAGCUGCUGCAUCUGAAGAACUAAUUCGAAAGGGCGGCAAGUCGCCAGGUGAUCGAGCUCAGAAUGACGCAGAAAUUAGGUUCAUCAUAAAAGACACCAAGAGACUACUCGUCCGAAUUGAGGAUGCUGUCCCGCUUAUGAACUUAGCCAUCACUACAUCGGGUGCAAAGCUGUCCACCAAUCUGCCAUCAACAGUGUCACCGUCCAGAUUGCUACAGGCUAGUACAUUUCUUACCGCUGGAGAUACACAAUAUUACAUGUCACCAUCACAAGCGAUUCAAAUCGGACCCACGUUCACUCUUUCGAUGUACAUGCUCUUUGCCAGUCACCUUCGCCCGCAUGAUGAAGAAAGCGUUCGCGAAGCAACAUGGAAGGAGGUCAUGCAUAAAGCGCGUCUCAAAAUUCGACGGGUGCCCAUAGAUUCCACAACGCCAUCAAAUGCACAGGAAUCCCAGUUCCCUGCGGAAGCGAGAGUGGAUGAGUACGCUUAUCAGAUUCUUAUCAUUGAAGACUUAGAUGAUGGCAGAGUUCAUACAUUUGAAGAAAACGGCCCACAGCCUUACAGCUAUGAUGGCGUGAUUCAAGCCGGGAUGCGGGAAAUAUUUCCUAUUCAUCAAAUCUCCAAGAUUUUCUAUGCAGACACGGGGAGACUCCUGAAUAUCAGUACGGAAGGCGAAGUGAAUAACCCCGUCCUACUCUUGAAGAGGGACGUCAACGCUGUGCCACCACGACGUAUGAUGGAACGUGAAGAAGCAGAUUACGGCUAUCUGCAGGAUUCGGAUGAAGAGAGCGAGGAAAUCGACUCAGUCCAGGCACAGCUUGAUGCCCAAUUGGGAGCAAGCACCCGAAAAACACCGUAUUACAACUACUCUGAAGACUCGAUCCCUGAAGAGUGGCGCUUACCCCAAGACCUAGACCCUGAGUGGAUAGCAUUUGAAGUCUACAACGAAGACGAAUCCUCAGAUACCGAAUCCGAAGCAGAAGUCCCCAGCACCCCCUCAAAGACAGACACAGUCGACCCGCGCCAAAUGGCAAACCUAUCUCUAGACGAUCGCGAGGAAUCACCAUCACUAUCUCAACGAAGACUCUCCCGCCAACCAUCCUAUCACGACACAACAACCGUCUCCAACCCCUUCUUUAACAACAUCCGCACCUCUCUCUCCCUCCUCGAAACCCUCCUCCGCCUAACGUCCCUCCAACAAUUCCAACAACAGUCCCACCUCUCCAUCACCGACGAACUCCUCAAUUUCUUCCUCGAAGAAUCAUCCACCACCGGCGCCGGCGGUGACGAGCAACACCGCCAACGACUGCGCUCAGAAGCAAGACGAAAAGUCGGCUGGGAUCCCUACGACGAGAGCCCCGUCAAGCGACGCGGCGAGGAUUAUCAAUACGGUACUCCCGUUGGUGGAUAUGGAUAUUCGCGUGAGAGCAGUGAGUACUAUCAGCCGCCUUUUUCGCCUAGUGAGAGGGCGAGGGGUGGGUUCCAUCUUCGGUCGAGUGAGGCUACGCCUGAGACGCCGCUGCAGAGAAGGCGGUCGCCUUCUGUGCAGUCGGAUCGGCGGAGAUUGAAUGUGGUGCGUGGUGGGGAUGAGGCGUUGAGGAGGGGUUCGCCGCUUUCGAGGCGGUCUCCUACCGUGCCUGUUGAUGAUGAGUCUACGGUUGAGAAGGGUGGAUCUGGUACUGCGGAGUGA